AUGGCUAGAGAUACGGGUUACCGUUUGUUCAGCAAGAUCGUUCAUAACGAUGCCAUGAAACAAGACCCGCCAGAGAUCUACGGCUGGAGAGCAUUCUUCCUGGCACUCUCGUCCGGUUUUGGAGCCAUGCUGUUUGGCAUGGAUAGCUCCAUUAUUUCUGGCGUCGUCGUUCUACCUGCUUUCCUCACACGCUUUGGACUUGCAGGCGCCCCAAACAAGCAGGCUCUUGCAAACUUGCAGGCCAACAUUGUCUCGACUCUGCAAGCCGGAUGUUUUGCCGGUGCCAUCAUUGCAGGGUUUAUGGCUGACAGGAUUGGCCGAAGAAGAUCACUUCUGGUUGCUGGAACGGUUGUCUUGAUCGGAGUCCUUCUUCAAUUCAACGCCUGGGGCCAUCUCGCAGCAUUAUACGUCGGAAGAUUCAUCGCCGGUCUCGGUGUGGGCGUCUGCAGCGUAGUCACCCCUUUAUACACCUCAGAAAAUGUCCCACGCGCCAUCAGAGGCCUUCUGACCGGAACCUACCAAUUUUUCAUCGUCCUUGGCGGCAUGCUGGCCUACUGGAUCAAUUAUGGUGCAAGCUUGCAUCUUCCAGGCGAUAGCUCGUGGGUCGUGCCUCUAGCAGUUCAGGGCUUGCCUGCUGUCCUCCUCUUGAUCUGCAUGUUCUUCUGCAACGAAUCACCUCGCUGGCUUAUGAAGCAGGAUCGAUGGGAAGAAGCCAAAGCAGUCCUUUCGAAGGUCCGAAUGCUUCCUAUCAACCAUGACUACGUCGAGGCGGAAUUUGGCGAAAUGGUGACUCAGCUGGAAAAUGAACGCGCGCUGAUGAAGGGGGCGGGCUUCUUGGAUCUAAUGAAGGAAAUGUGGCUCAUUGCAGGCAACCGACGACGUGCGAUCACAGUUGUGAUCUUGAUGAUUUGCCAACAAAUGACAGGAACAAAUGCCAUCAACAACUACGCCCCUCUCAUCUUUGCUAAUCUUGGCAUUACUGGUCACAACACUGGUCUCUUCGCCACUGGUAUCUACGGAAUUGUCAAGUGCAUCAGCUGUGCUAUCUUCCUCUUGUUCCUUGCGGAUACCCUUGGCCGACGCCGAUCGCUUUUGUGGACUGCCAUUGGACAAGGCUGCUGCAUGCUGUUCAUCGGCCUCUACAUUCGGAUUUCUCCCCCGAUCAAAGGCCAACCAGUUCCCCCAGUGGGCUAUGUGGCUUUGGUGUGCAUCUUCCUAUUCGCCGCAUUUUUCCAGUUCGGAUGGGGACCUGUCUGCUGGAUUUACUCGUCUGAGAUCCCUUCUCUCCGUCUUCGUGCCUUGACCGUGGCAUUGGCUGCGGCUACUCAAUGGCUUUUCAAUUUUGUUGUGGCCCGAUCUGUCCCAGUCAUGUUGGUCACUGUUGGCGCCAACGGCUACGGUACCUACUUGAUCUUCUGCUCGUUCGCCUUUGCGAUGUUCUUCUUUGUGUGGUUCUUCGUCCCAGAAACGAAAGGCCUUUCUCUUGAAGCAAUGGAUGCGCUCUUUGGUGUCGUUCCUCAUGAUGAAGUUGCACUAGAACGUGGUGAGCUUGGUGCGGUGAAGAGUAUCCGCAAGAGCGUUGAGAAAGAUAUUGCCGUUGAGCAAGUUGAAAGGGACCACUAG